AUGCAGCUCAGUCCUCUGCAAUCGCGCCUGGCUGCGUCGCUGGCAGCAUCGUUCCUCUUGCUCGUCGUCUACCUUUUCCUCUUUUCGCCGCAAUUCGCCCUCGCCGCUGAGAUCCUGUCCGAGCAUGGCGCACGCGGCGAUGCAAUGGACGUGUGGGCGCUGGCCGAGGAUAUGGAGCAGGCCACCGCAGAGUCGCUUGAUUUGAGAAGCGAGAUGUACGAGCCAGACUUUCCGCUGUUCGAUCGGAGUGUCAUUGGGCGCGCGCCUUCGGGAGUCACGAGCUUAACGAAUAACGUCAAGAGCAACCAGAACCUGGACCAAGGGUCGUCGGUUAGGUUUGUCUUUGAGAUCGCUUCGCUCUCUAGCAGAGAAAUAGACAGUUCAGAGGCAUUCGAGCUACGGAAGAGGCAGGAAGAUCCGCAGGAUACAGAAAUGUUUGUGGCAGAGGAUGAGCAGAAUGUCACUGACCUGUCUGAAAUCGAGCGACGAGCAACGCCAACCAAGACUCUUUGGAUAUCUGCAAAUACCUGUAUGCAACCCGACAGGCCCGCGGCAAAUCAGACUUUCAUGGACCCUCCGCAACUCACCUUGUACGUUUCAACGUCGAGCGACAACGACUCACCGGGACCAGCCGCGCCGCCCGACAACCAAGAAGUGCUUGUAUUCGAUGAAGGCGCCGUCAUGUAUAACAUGACUUUCUCCGAAGACGUUUACUUUACAAUUACUGCCCCGAAUGUAUCUGACUGGUUCACCUCAUCUCUCUACAAUGUCGAUGUUGCAGCUUCAGUCGACCAGUCUUACCAUUCAUACGAUGCCGACACGGAGCCCGACCUGGUGUGGGUUGACAGUGAUUCAGGCGCUGCCUUGCUCAGGACCGGCAACUUGACCAAUAGCUCUGAUACGGAGCUCACCACAGCGCCAUAUACAAUGUUUGCCUAUUCGCAGAACGAUGCAACAGUAGUUGGUGUUAAGAGGUCAUACUGCGGUCUCAAGGAAUACGCCGAGAUUGGUGGCAGCCAAUCAACAACUGCCUUGAUGUCGACAGGCUUGACCAGAAGGGGUCAAGGCAAUUCUACAAAGCAGGAAUUCUUCAUCACCGGAUUGAAUAAGAGUUCCAUAUACGAAGCUAUAUUGGUCCAGGAGCCAGGGACGACUGGCUCCUUGAACAAGAGGGAUGAUAAUGUUGCUGGAGGCGGCGGUGUUGUCUUUCGCCAGACAGAAUUCGACACCAAGUCAAGCAGCACAUGUCAGGUUAUUUCCAACCUCACCUUUUGCGACCAAACAGCGUAUUCUGUCCCUAGCAGUUCAAAAUACAGUAACAAAGUCGACGACCUCAAGGAGUUUUACGACAGCUAUGCCAAGGAGAUGUACGACAACUUUGAAAAGGCCUUGGCUCAGAUCCAGUGCGAUGCAGACAACACUUCAAAGUACUCGCUGGCCAAGACCUGUGAUGACUGCAGAGAUGCGUACAAGAACUGGGUCUGCUCUGUGUCUAUCCCACGUUGCGAGGACUUUUCCAAAACAGAUGAUUUCCUUCAGAUGCGCAACAUCAUGGCUACAAACUCUGACGGCAGUUCUCCCGUGGAUCAAUCCUUGAAGCAAAUUUAUGGCAAUGCUGUUGCUUAUAAUUCUUCUCGAUUAGCAAGAAUCGACGACGAAAUCGAGCCCGGUCCCUACAAGGAAGUUCUACCCUGCGAAGACCUUUGCUAUACACUCGUACAGAGCUGUCCAGCCGCGCUUGGCUUUGGGUGCCCGACCCCGGGGAACAUGGGCUUCAAUACAAGUUAUGGCCGGAGAGAGGUCAAUAGCUCUUCCAGCGCCGUGACUUGCAACUUCCCAGGGUCAGCUCAUUACGUAUCGGCGGCACAAAUGUCUGUGACGAUAUCAUCAGCUGCGUUAUUCGGAUGUGUUGCUUUCGCAAUGCUGUGGCUAUGA